AUGCUUCCCAACACCGAGGUCACAGCAGCUACUUCCUGGCCUCCAGCCCCGGGUGUCUACGUUGCGGCUCAACACUACAGCGACAAGCGACAGCUGGGAGUUCCAAAAGUCUAUGUGCCUCCACCUGACCUCGAAUACCGUGACGGAAGGCCCUCUUUCAAGGUUGAUGUUGUUCCGUUUACCCAAAUUUCUACACAGUAUGGCAAUCCGGAUUUCCUCGCCGCGCUCGUCUCGAGUCACAAGCUGGAUCUGACCCACUCGAUGCUCAUAUGGCAAUAUGAGAUGCGGAGAAGUGCCCAGUAUAUCCUCCCAUUCCUGCUGCUGGGUCCAAGCAGCUCUGCUAAGGACCCUGAUUUUGUCGAGCAGACAGGCAUCACCCUUCUUGUUGCAGUCCGGUCUACCAGAUCCUUGCUGACGAGACCGACCUUCCUUGAUCCUGCAAGCUUUCCUUCGAGCGCAGGACGAGCGACCUUGACUUUGGAUUUUGAACACCCAAACGAUUUCAUCCCCGUUGUCAAGUCAACUGUUCGAGCAAUAAACGACCAUCUCGAGUCUUCUUGCGUCAGGACCCCAAUCCAAGAUAUCAGCGACAUCUCCGGCAAGGUUCUCGUCUUCUGUGAGUCUGGAAAUGACCGAUCGCCGUUAUUGGUAGCGGCAUAUCUGAUGAUUGUUUACGGCGUGGACGCAAUUGUCGCCAUUCAUAUUCUCCAGUCGCAGCGCUUCUGUAUCAGUUUGUCAGACGAAAUGAAGAACGUUUUGCUCGACUUGCAAGCGAUCACCCGAGCUGAACGUCAAGUCUCCGGCCCAAUAUCAAGCACAUCGAUGCGCGGCAGCAACGCUGUGGCUCUGCCCACAACGCUCCGCAAGCGGAAUUUGGACGCUUUCUACGACUCUGACGAGAACAUGGAAUGCAAUUCUGAGUACACGCAUGGUACUCAUGUUAGAGAAGGGGUGGCCCCGUUUGUGGACCUCUUCGAUUGA